AUGGUGCACUUCUCGCCUCAGGUCGCCACACAUAAUAAGUCGCUUGCCUUGGCGGUGCCUUUUGCAAGGGCACCUCGCCACAUGUGCUCAAGGCGUCCAAGGGGCACUAUGCCUUGCCUUAUGCCAUGCUUAUAUGGAGAUGUGCACUUUCCUCUUUUGCAGAUUUGUGUGUGGUGUUGGCAUCACAUAAUGGACAUGGCUGAGAAGGAUGAGACUCAAGGGCGUUGUCCCGCAUGUCGCAUUCCUUAUAACAAGGAAAAGAUUGUUGGGACAGCUGCAAAAUGUGAAAAGCUGGUUACGGAGUUGAAUGUGGAAAAAAAGCUUAAGUCACAGAGGGGAAAGGGAAAAACUUUGGAAGGAAGGAAGCAACUUGAAAGUGUGCGAGUCAUCCAGCGGAAUCUCGUCUAUAUUGUAGGCUUGCCUUUGAAUUAUGCAGACGAGGAUAUUCUACAGCGCAAAGAUUACUUCAGUCAGUAUGGAAAGGUGCUGAAGGUGUCAAUAUCUAGAACAGCAACCGGUGCUAUACAACAGUUUGCAAAUAAUACAUGCAGUGUAUAUAUAACAUAUUCAAAGGAGGAGGAGGCAGUUCGGUGUAUUCAAUCAGUACAUGGAUUUGUAUUGGACGGGAAAUCUUUGAGGGCAUGCUUUGGGACGACAAAAUACUGUCAUGCAUGGCUGAGAAACGUGGCAAGGAAAUUGCUUGUGGAUGUACUGCAAGGGAAUAGAGUUCAGCAAAUAAAUGGGUCGUCAAAUAGUAUUCAACAGCUUGCAGGGAGUGUGUUACCACCUCCAGGAGAUGAAUACUGUAAUAAUAGCUCUACUUCUGGGAAGCCUAUAACUAAAGCUGCUACAAAUACAAAUCAGAAUGAAGCAAGCAGUGCUAUAGUUUCUCCGCAGAAGAGUAGCUCAGGAAGAUCUGCUGCUCUUCCAGCUGGGGCAUCAUGGGGCACUCGUCCAAACUCCAAUGUGCCACCUAAUCAGAAACCUGAUAUUUCUAAUGGUCCAGUGACAAUUUCUAAGAAAACGUCAAGCACCAGUCAACUUUCGUCAUUGCAGAUUGAUACUGGAAAGAAGAAGAUCCAAAAUCAAGAGAACAUCAUAUCUCUAAAUAAAACUAAGGAAACUUCUAUUUUGAAAGAAAAGGAAUCGAAUGAGGAUUGCCGAAUACCUGUUCUCGAUGGUCUGGUGGCAUCUGUAAAUCUUGUGAAUUUGUCCUCAAGUAGACUGCCUCGCAGCCCACCAAAAGCCAACCAGACACCAGAUUCUUCUCGUAUAGUUGACUCUUCUGUAUCGUCAACUGGGCCCAUGCCAGUUGAUAAGUCCAUUGAUCAUGCAGAUAGAAACUCUGAAAAUGUAUGCUGUAGUAUUUUAUCAAUGAGCAUUCAUGAAAGUCAACAGGUCCAGAAUGGCUUUGUUGAGCACAAUAGUGAACCACUGAUUCGUCAAACGUCUGCAAAAACUGCAAAUACCAUCAAUGGUAGAUGCGGUUCAAACGUCCAGUUUGAUUCUGGACUUGUAAUGCAGAGUAAAGUAGCACAAGUAGACUGGCAUGAAAGGGAGGAUGAUGUGUUAUCUUUUGAUAACCAAAGGAUUAAUGAUCCUGAGGUUUCUACUGUUGGAAUGCAAGACUUUCCUGAUGUAUUAAAUUUAUCAAAGCAUUCUAAUUCUCAUUCUCAUGGAUUUAAUAGUGAUGGCUGGGCAGUUCCUAUUGGUUUAGACAGGCAGGUUGUAGAUGGGAAUUCAGUGGUUCCAACUCUUAAUUUCCCUAUUGCACACUCUAAAAAUUUACUGAACAGAUCUGAGGGUAAUGAUGCUGGGAAUUUCAAUUUGUUUCCACUCACGGAGAGGCCUCUGAUUGGGAGAUAUGAAGGUGAAGUAUCUAGUUCUGGUGUCGAUAUGGGGGAAAGCAGCAUAAUAUCAAAUAUUUUAUCAAUGGAUUUUGACCCGUGGAAUGAGUCCUUAAAUUCACCUCAGAACCUUGUCAAGUUGUUGGGUGAAACUCAUAAGCAAGAAGGGUCAUUUGGAGUAUCUGGUCCUUGGAAAAUUCAUAAUAGCAAUCAGUCAAGGUUUUCAUUUGCUAGAGAAGGGGAAACCGCGAACCAUGUCUCAGGUUCUGGACAAUCUAUUGAUUACUUUGAACAAUCAUUUAAGCAGCGCCCGUUUGGCCAUGAUAUAUGCAGCGGCAACAGCCUGUACUUGGAGAGGUCAGGUAGUCGCAAUGGUUUACCUGUUUUUGGUGGCGCAGGACUAGAUAAUAUUGCCAGCAGUAAUUCUCAUAUUUCUUCUAACAAGCUCGCUGAUUCAAGAUCUCAUGUAUUUGCCCCUCCAAGAUUUUCAGUUCCUAGUCGAGCAGCGCCACCUCCAGGCUUUGCAUCUCAUGGAAGGACAGAACCAAUUUUUGAACCACUUUCUGGAAAUCAUAUGCACGACGCUUCUUCUACUUUACUAACAAACCAGUAUCAGACAUCCCAAGAUAGUAAUGCUUUUAGCAAUGGUGAUAUCGAGAUCAUGGAUCCUGCAAUUUUGGCUGUUGGCAAAGGUACACUUCCAGGUAGCAUUAACAACCUUGGUAUGGACAUGAGGUCUAAUUUUCCUCCACAAGUGACUAUGUACGAAGAGUCAAGAUUCCAGUCUCUUUUACAAAGAUCUCUCCUCUCACAUCAGAACCAAAGAUUUAAUAAUGACUUGGGGGACAAGUUUUCUUCACUUGGCGAUGCUUAUGGACUUCAUUCUAGGUUAUUAGCAGAUCAAACUCUAUCAAAUAAUCUUACCCCGUUUUCUCAGUUUAACCUGUCUCAUCCGAGGAAUGGAAUAAGUCCUAAUGGACAAUGGCAUGAGUGGAGUGAAAUCCACAGUGUGAAUAAUUCCGGUAUGGCCGAACUGCUAAGAACCGAGCAGCUCGGAUUGAAUAAGUUCUAUGGUGGUUUUGAAGAUGUCAAGAUCCAAAAUCCCAGUUCAGGCAAUAUAUACAACAGGACAUAUGGGAUUUAAUUUGAAGAUUCUGCUUGGUUCAUGUGGUUGAUUCCAUUUUCCUUUGAUAAACCCAGAAUCAUGGAUUUAAACGGAAGGACCUCAAUAUAUUCAAUUGCGGAUGUUAUGGUGUGAAGAAGCUAUCGAGAAGUUUUUCCUACAUGGAGAUGGGGUUAUUGUUUGUCUGACUGGGAUACUUUCUGGUUGGUGGAGGAUCAAACCUUUCUCAAGACGGGUAGUCGGAAGCCAACAGGUGAAAAAAAUUGAGACUUAAACUUGAUGUGAAGGCUGGGUAACAAAGGUUGUGUACGACAGUCUUAAUUCUACUCGUAGUUUUGUUUAUGGGGAAGAUAUCUGAUUAAUGGUUUCAGACGAAAGUAGAUGCCUGUUAACAAUUGAUCCCUAUAGUGGAUACCUUUUACUAGUGUACCAACGUUGGAAUAUAUGAUGUUUCAAAAUUAUUGAUUAAAAGUCAGCAAAUGCAUUAUGUUCUCGCAGAAUUUUACCUUCUGAAUGUUGAAACUUAGUGAUAAUUGUACAGAAUCUGUGGGGCUAAAGAAUUUGUGGGGUUCCCGAGCAAGCUGCGAAAGUUUCGGAGAAAUGGCGUGUAUUUUGGUUGUGUAGUGUACAGCUCAUUUGUGUACAUUAUGGAUACUGUUCGCUCCGUCUAAAAUGUGACAAUCUUAUAGUUUAAACUGAAAUUUUAUAUAUAGCGCGAAAAAUUUAUGGUUUAAACCGAGGUUUAAUU